CCUGCGCAUUGUUCACUGACAGUCCGCUGAAGAGUGUGGAACUGACACCAGCAGCUUCGCUUCGUUUGGGAAACUUGUUGAAACUUCAAAUUAUGGCACGUAAUAUGUCGGAGUUCACUUUAAGAGGAAAUGAAAUUCGUUUGUAAACAAUAAUUUGGUUGUUACUCAUUUGAAAAGCUUUCCAAAGGCUACUUAUGUCUCUCCGUGAAGCACCAGGCGAACAAGGAGGUGUUCGUUUUUACCUGGGAACAGGUAGUACUUUGGGAAAACUGGGUAUAUACAAAAAGAUCUAAAAUGAAUGAAACAUUGGACCUGAACAUUACCCUUGUGGAUGAUGGUAACCGGACUUUUCUCAACGGCUCCAGUGAAUUAUUCUUACCUCAGAACAACAUUACAUAUGUUGGAUAUUACCUGCAUCAGCCAUCAGUAGCAGCAGUCUUUAUAGUGUCUUACCUGCUCAUAUUCCUGGUCUGCAUGGUUGGAAACGGAGUGGUGUGCUUCAUUGUGUUACGGAGCAAAAACAUGCGCACUGUCACCAACCUUUUCAUCCUCAACCUCGCCAUCAGUGACCUUCUUGUUGGGAUUUUCUGCAUGCCCACAACUCUUCUUGACAACAUUAUUACAGGUUGGCCAUUUGGAAGCAUGGUCUGCAAAAUGAGCGGUAUGGUCCAGGGCAUAUCAGUCUCAGCCUCUGUUUUCACCUUGGUUGCCAUAGCGGUUGACAGAUUCAGAUGUAUCGUGUAUCCCUUCAAGCAAAAACUGACAAUAUCAACAGCCACCCUCAUUAUUGUGAUAAUCUGGGUCCUGGCAGUCUCCAUCAUGUGCCCCUCUGGCGUCAUGCUUCAGGUGACUAAGGAACAAACCAUUCGCGUGUUCCUGGGAGAUGGUAACCGAACGAGCCCUUUCUACUGGUGCAGGGAAAACUGGCCCAACCAGGAGAUGAGGAAGAUCUACACAACUGUCCUGUUUGCCAACAUUUACCUAGCUCCUCUGUCCCUCAUAGUGAUCAUGUAUGCAAGGAUUGGGAUCACUCUGUUUAAAACGGCUAUGCCGGCGGGGGCCAAACCUGGCCACGAUAACCGUCACUCUGUGUCGAAGAAAAAACAAAGAGUGAUCAAAAUGCUCCUCGUCGUGGCCUUGCUCUUCAUUUUGUCCUGGUUGCCUCUGUGGACGCUGAUGAUGCUAACAGACUAUGUUAAACUUACUGAACACCAGUACAGGAUUAUUAACAUCUACAUCUACCCUUUUGCCCACUGGCUAGCCUUUUUCAACAGCAGUGUCAACCCGAUAAUUUACGGGUUCUUCAACGAGAACUUCCGCCGUGGAUUUCAAGCCAUCUUUAAGUUCGGCCUGUGUCCUGUCGGUGGUCAACAUCGGACCUAUUCUCACAGGUUGCAGGGUAAUUCUGUGCAGCCGGUAAACCUGCAGCCCUCCACAGAGCCCAUCUCUCUUAAUAGCCUGGAGAACAACAGCUCGAGGAGGAUGAACCACGUCAACGAGCAAGACUUAGUGAUGGAAGAUUUAGAGAAAGUGUCUGAAUGCAGUAUGGAAGGAGCUUCUCUUUAAGGGUUUCAUAGAGAUGAAUAAUAACGUGGCGGUGUUUUUUAAAUGACAAUGAUGUAGGCUACCUAAUAGGCUCAUUACAUCUCAAAUUGAAGACUAUUAUUUAAUAAAACAUUUUUAAAAUUACAUUGUUAACAUUAUAUAAUUGUGUAUAAAAUGGAUUUUACUUACUUUCUUUUUUUUUAACGGUCAUUUGCUGCUAACAUGAAUGUACUUUCUGGCACAUUUGGCAGUUUAUCAACUGUAGUCUUGUAAACAUUGCAAUUUGUAAAGAUAAAUUCAGUUAAAAAAAAAUAAGAUUAUUGUAAAAUUAUGUAUAUAUGCACAUAAUCAUUUUGACUGUAUACUGAUGUAAACAUCUGGGAUUUUACAGUAAAUCAUUUUAUUUAUUUAAUUUUAUAUGCAAUCUGAAAGUAUCAGAACUGCCAUAAUCCAGAAUCGUUAAUUGUUUCUGGAUUACAAUAUGGGAUUUAAGGCACAGCACUUGCAUCGUAAUACUAAAAUUAAACAUACCUCAUUUGUGACAAAUCCCUCUAAAUGCUGGAAUGAUUUUCAGUGGGAGGUUUUUUUUUUAUUAUUUUUUUUUUUUCUUUUUUUUUUUUUGAGACAAUGGACCAUAAUUUUUUAACUCGUGCCAAAACAAGGUAAAAAAAAAUGAGCCUUGAUGGAGAUUUAUCUGAUUGUUUACCGUACAGAACAUGUAGUAACCUUGUUCAUCAGUGUUGACUGACUGUUUGUUAAAUUGUUUUACAUAGACAGAAGUAGGCUUUGUAUGGGCAUCAAGAAUAUUUGAUGCUCAUGAGUCUGGAUGUACGUAACACUGUGAUUCACUGGCCUACAGCUAAUUUAUUCUUCAAGCAUACUUUCCUUUCUCCCCAUGUUUGUCAUCUGUGCCAAAACUAGACAUCAUUUAGUUAUUCAUUACUAUUUUCCACUCUCUCUUUUUGUAUAUUGAAUAACACUACCUACUUGUGGGUUUCCUGUCAGGGUUUUCAAGUUUAGUUUUUAACUACCCCAUCCUUCGGUCUACAUUAUCUUGUGACAGCUUCACAAAACAAUCUGUAGUGAGACUGUUAAAGUCAGACUGAAAUCUCUUUUAAGAUAAACCUCAGCUCUCUGUUAAGAUCAUUCAGAAGGAUAUACAGAGCAAAAGCCAGGACAAGCACAAGGUUUAGGAAUAAUUGUUUCUGUCUCUCCUACUUUGUACUUGUUAUUCACCAUGAUUUAGAAGGACAGAUGGGCUGUUUUUGCAGAUCAGUUUCAAUAAAUCUUUUUAUCAAGUAAGUAUUAAUAAAUAUAUCUAUUUUUCAAACUGGGAAGGAUGUUCUGAAAGUUGUAGUAAGACUUUUUACUUAUUUUGUAUCUCUGUCAUAUUUGCAUACCCACUCCAGUUUGCUUUGGUGAAGUUCCAGAAUAGUGUUUAUUCCAUUUUUAUUUCAUUCUCUUUUUUUUACCUUCACCCUGAAUGAAUGUCCUACAUUCAGUGUGAAUGUUAGCAGAAACAUCUUUUCUCACCCUCAAACAGAGCAAAACAUUUCCUUUUCCUAGACUAUUUUCAUUCAAAUAUUGUGACAGGAGUUUGUUGGAUUACUUAUUUGAACCAUUAAAGACAUCCAAAAAUACCUACAUACAGAGGAUUUGUCCUCAAGUAAUUCUACAGUCUGUUGUCGGCAGUAGAUUAAAUCUAUCGGCAGUCAGAGCUGUGUUUUUGUGAUUAUCAUAGCAGAUGGGAGAUGAGUAUGUUAAUUCUGCCCUCUUCUUGACAGCAGACACUACAUAAACCAAUGUAAUCUCAACAUGAUUAAGGCAGCAACACCGCUGUAAUGUGAGAUCGAAAAUUAGCCGAAGGAAUGUGAUAGAAACAGACAGAAUACAUAAAGAAAAAGAUGUCUGUGAUUACAAGGUGACUCUGACUUUAUGGACUCUCCAGGUCUGUCACACGUUAUUGCAAGAUUUGACAUGGACACAUUUCUUGAAGAAACAUUUAUUUUUCUUUUACUGUUUACUGAACAUGAACAUGCUGUUUAUGAAGAACAGAGUACUUACUGUGAAACUUAAUUUGUGUAUUUCUAAUGAUGUAUUUGCAAAAGCAAUGCUGUAAACUGUUGAUAUUUAAGGCUUCGUGAAUCUUGUUAUAUUAGUGUUGGCUACAUGCUAAUAGUGUGUGCAACUGUUUCAAAAGUGAUUGUGACUGACUCAUUUUGAUUUUAUAAAUGCACUUUGCAACAAGGAGUAAAGCAAUCUGUGUUCAGGGUUACCUUUUGGAUAUGGACUAAAAGCAGUUUGUCCAUCAGAGUGUUGUUUAUAUUGUGGAGAUGCCAUCAUGCUUUGGUGUAGAUUAAUAAAGCAGUGUAACUCAAUUGCUUUUUUGAUUUGAUUUUUCUUUUCUUUUUACACUGCAAAAAAAAAAAAAAAAAAAAAUUUUUGUUUUCCAGUACAAAUGUCUAAAUAUUCUUAAAAUGACAUAAGAUAUUAAGGCUUGUUUUCUGCAAAAUGUAUCAAAAUUAAGUGAGUUUAUGCUUAAAACAAGAAAAUGGGGUCAGAAAAAAAAUAAUUCAAAGGGAAAACAAGAUUAUUUUUCUGAUCCCACUGGCAGAAUUUUUUUGUUGUUUUAAGCAUAAACUCCCUUAAUUUACAUACUCCCCCCCUAAACAUUUAAGAAUGUUUAGAUAUUUGUACUGGAAAAUAAGAAAAAUACUAAGAAAGAAAAUCAUUUUUGCAGUGUACAUCAUUGCACCAAACAUGGCUUUAAACGUCCUUCACUGGUGCAUGAUGUAAAAAUAUCGCAAUGUCUUUAUGCUUUUUGGGUUUAAUUUUGAGUUGACGUCUUGACACCCCUCAUCACUGAUUCUGUCACCGUUUCCUUUUCCUGAAUGGCUGAAUGGGAUAAAAUGAUGCAGAUUAUUCUUUAUAGGUGCAAGAUACCUGCCAUAAGCCUCCAGACUUUUGUGUCUUGAAGUAUACAGCGUUUCAAUGAAAAGCAAGACGUGUCUGAUCAAACUGCCAUUUGAUUCAUCACGGAUCUAUUCACACUGAACUUUCUGCUGUCUUUUCUGCUGUAACCAAUGAGGGAGCAGAGAUCUGCUCUUGGUAAUGUAAUCAGGCAUUGCCUGGCCUAGGGCCUUGUUCCAGCAGUGCCUCUGACGUCGCUGGAGACAGAACAAUUCUGGCAAUGAUUCAACCUGCUGUGCUUUCAGUUCCCAAUGAAUGCAUAGCACUGGUGCAAAUCUAGUGAUGUGUGAAUACGAUGUUCCAAGUAGCGAGACGAAAACUGUCACAAAGAGUCAAAUCAGAAUAUGAAUAGGAGGUUAGGGUGGAUGAUGAAUUCAUUUAGGUCACCGAUGAGGAACUUGAGAAAUGACUCAUCAUACUUACGAUUUUAAUGUAAUGUAUUAGUGAUGUAGACGUGAUGUGGUCACAACUCUUGAGUGCCAUUGAGGCAAGACAUUUGUCAUGAUCCAGUCACUGACCUUAACUGCAUGUGUAGCAUAUUCAUCAUGUGCAAAACAAUGUUGGCCAAAACGAUGACACUGUUGAAAAGGACAUCAAUCUUACGGACCUGUUAUUGUGGCAACGUUUUAAAAUUGAGGAAAGUGAAUAAAACAAAAUGACUGUA